GUGCGGAAGAGCCGUAAGCAGCAGCAGCGCCUGCUCCGGAACAUGGGCGCGCACGCCGUGGUGCUGGAGCUGCUGCAGAUCCCCUAUGAGAAGGCCGAAGAUACCAAGAUGCAGGAGAUAAUGAGGCUGGCUCAUGAAUUUUUGCAGAAUUUCUGCGCAGGCAACCAGCAGAAUCAAGCUUUGCUACAUAAACACAUAAACCUGUUUCUCAACCCGGGGAUCCUGGAGGCAGUGACCAUGCAGCACAUCUUCAUGAAUAAUUUCCAGCUCUGCAGUGAGAUCAACGAGAGAGUCGUUCAGCACUUCGUUCACUGCAUAGAGACUCACGGUCGAAACGUCCAGUACAUCAAGUUCUUGCAGACGAUUGUCAAGGCAGAAGGGAAAUUUAUUAAAAAGUGCCAAGACAUGGUCAUGGCUGAGCUGGUCAACUCAGGAGAGGACGUCCUUGUGUUCUACAAUGACAGAGCCUCUUUCCAGACUCUGAUCCAGAUGAUGAGGUCGGAGCGGGACCGGAUGGAUGAAAACAGCCCUCUCAUGUACCACAUCCACCUGGUGGAGCUCUUGGCUGUGUGCACGGAGGGCAAGAAUGUCUACACGGAGAUAAAGUGCAACUCCCUACUCCCACUGGAUGACAUUGUCCGCGUGGUCACCCACGAGGACUGCAUUCCCGAGGUUAAAAUUGCAUACAUUAACUUCCUGAAUCACUGCUAUGUGGAUACUGAGGUGGAAAUGAAGGAGAUUUAUACCAGCAACCAUAUGUGGAAAUUGUUUGAGAAUUUCCUUGUAGACAUUUGCAGGGCCUGUAAUAACACAAGUGACAGGAAACACGCAGACUCAAUUUUGGAGAAGUAUGUUACCGAAAUUGUCAUGAGUAUUGUUACUACCUUCUUCAGUUCUCCCUUCUCAGACCAGAGUACAACUUUGCAGGAUGCAAUCCAGGCAGCCCCAGUGCAUCGAGUUGUCCUGUCUCCUCAGCUUCUCUCCAAGAGCCGGGCCAUUGCCAUUCCUGUGGACCUGGACAGCCAAGUCAACAAUCUCUUUCUGAAGUCUCACAACAUUGUGCAGAAAACAGCCAUGAACUGGCGGCUGUCGGCCCGCAAUGCUGCUCGCAGAGACUCUGUUCUGGCAGCUUCCAGAGACUACCGGAAUAUCAUUGAGAGAUUGCAGGACAUCGUCUCAGCGCUGGAGGACCGUCUCCGGCCCCUGGUACAGGCAGAGUUAUCUGUGCUGGUGGAUGUUCUUCACAGACCUGAGCUGCUUUUCCCAGAGAACACAGAUGCCAGAAGAAAAUGUGAAAGUGGCGGUUUCAUUUGCAAGUUAAUAAAGCACACUAAACAGCUGUUAGAGGAGAAUGAGGAGAAACUCUGCAUUAAAGUCCUGCAGACCCUCAGGGAAAUGAUGACCAAAGAUAGAGGCUAUGGAGAAAAGCUAAUUUCCAUUGAUGAAUUGGAUAAUGCAGAGCUGCCACAAGCUCCGGAUUCUGAGAACUCCACAGAGGAGCUUGAACCAAGUCCACCCCUGAGGCAACUGGAAGACCAUAAAAGGGGUGAGGCGCUCAGGCAAAUUUUGGUCAACCGUUACUAUGGAAACAUCAGACCUUCAGGAAGAAGAGAGAGCCUUACCAGCUUUGGCAAUGGCCCACUGUCACCAGGAGGACCCAGCAAGCCUGGGGGAGGAGGGGGAGGUUCUGGAUCCAGUUCCAUGAGCCGGGGUGAGAUGAGUCUGGCCGAGGUUCAGUGUCACCUUGACAAGGAGGGGGCCUCCAAUCUGGUAAUCGACCUCAUCAUGAAUGCAUCCAGUGACCGAGUGUUCCAUGAAAGCAUUCUCCUGGCCAUUGCGCUUCUAGAAGGAGGCAACACCACCAUACAGCAUUCCUUUUUCUGCCGGUUGACAGAAGAUAAGAAGUCAGAGAAAUUCUUUAAGGUCUUUUAUGAUCGAAUGAAAGUGGCCCAGCAAGAAAUCAAGGCAACAGUGACAGUGAACACCAGUGACUUGGGAAAUAAAAAGAAAGAUGAUGAAGUAGACAGAGAUGCCCCAUCACGGAAAAAAGCUAAAGAGCCCUCAACACAGAUAACGGAAGAGGUCCGAGAUCAGCUCCUGGAAGCAUCUGCUGCCACCCGGAAAGCCUUCACCACCUUCAGGAGGGAGGCCGACCCUGAUGAUCACUACCAGCCCGGGGAGGGCACCCAGGCUACAGCCGACAAGACCAAGGAUGAGCUGGAGAUGAGCGCAGUCAUCACCAUCAUGCAGCCCAUCCUGCGCUUCUUGCAGUUGCUGUGUGAAAACCACAACCGAGACCUGCAGAACUUCCUUCGUUGCCAAAAUAACAAGACCAACUACAACUUGGUAUGUGAGACGCUGCAGUUUCUGGACUGUAUUUGUGGAAGCACAACCGGGGGCCUUGGUCUUCUUGGGCUAUAUAUAAACGAAAAGAAUGUAGCGCUUAUCAACCAAACCCUGGAAAGUCUGACCGAAUACUGUCAAGGACCUUGCCAUGAGAACCAGAACUGCAUAGCCACCCAUGAAUCCAAUGGCAUUGACAUCAUCACAGCUCUGAUCCUUAACGACAUCAAUCCUUUGGGAAAGAAGAGGAUGGACCUUGUAUUAGAACUGAAGAACAAUGCCUCGAAGUUGCUCCUGGCCAUCAUGGAAAGCAGGCAUGACAGUGAAAACGCCGAGAGGAUACUUUACAACAUGAGGCCAAAGGAACUGGUGGAAGUGAUCAAGAAAGCCUAUAUGCAAGGUGAAGUGGAAUUUGAGGAUGGAGAAAAUGGUGAGGACGGAGCUGCCUCCCCCAGGAAUGUGGGACACAACAUCUACAUAUUAGCUCAUCAGCUGGCUCGGCAUAACAAAGAACUCCAGACCAUGCUGAAACCCGGUGGCCAAGUGGAUGGAGAUGAAGCUCUGGAGUUUUAUGCCAAGCACACGGCACAGAUAGAGAUUGUCAGAUUAGAUAGAACAAUGGAACAGAUCGUCUUCCCUGUGCCCAGCAUAUGUGAAUUCCUAACCAAGGAGUCAAAACUACGAAUAUAUUACACUACAGAGAGGGACGAGCAAGGCAGCAAGAUCAACGAUUUCUUCCUGCGGUCCGAAGACCUCUUCAAUGAAAUGAACUGGCAGAAGAAACUGCGAGCCCAGCCCGUUUUGUACUGGUGUGCCCGCAACAUGUCCUUCUGGAGCAGCAUUUCAUUUAACCUGGCCGUCCUGAUGAACCUGCUGGUGGCAUUUUUCUACCCAUUUAAAGGAGUCCGAGGAGGAACAUUAGAGCCACACUGGUCAGGACUGCUGUGGACCGCCAUGCUCAUCUCCCUGGCCAUCGUCAUUGCUCUCCCCAAGCCCCAUGGCAUCCGGGCCUUAAUUGCUUCCACAAUACUCCGAUUGAUAUUUUCAGUUGGGUUACAACCUACGUUAUUUCUUCUGGGUGCCUUCAAUGUCUGUAAUAAAAUCAUCUUUCUAAUGAGCUUUGUGGGCAACUGUGGAACAUUCACAAGAGGAUACCGUGCCAUGGUUCUGGAUGUAGAGUUCCUGUAUCAUCUGUUAUAUCUGCUGAUCUGUGCCAUGGGGCUCUUUGUCCAUGAAUUCUUCUACAGUUUGCUGCUUUUUGAUUUAGUGUACAGAGAAGAGACUCUGCUUAAUGUCAUUAAAAGUGUCACUCGCAAUGGACGGUCCAUCAUCUUGACAGCGGUUCUGGCCUUGAUUCUGGUUUACCUGUUCUCAAUAGUGGGCUAUCUUUUCUUCAAGGAUGAUUUUAUCUUGGAAGUAGAUAGGUUGCCCAAUGAAACAGCUCUUCCAGAAACCAGUGAGAGUUUGGCAAGUGAGUUCCUGUACUCUGAUGUGUGUAGGGUGGAGACUGGAGAGAACUGUUCCUCACCUGCACCCAAACAGGAGCUGGGCCCUGCAGAAGUAACAGAGCAGGAUAAAGAGCACACAUGUGAGACACUGCUGAUGUGCAUUGUCACUGUACUGAGUCACGGGCUGCGAAGUGGGGGCGGAGUUGGAGAUGUGCUCAGGAAGCCAUCCAAAGAGGAACCACUCUUUGCCGCUAGAGUGAUUUAUGACCUCUUGUUCUUCUUCAUGGUCAUUAUCAUUGUCCUUAACCUGAUUUUUGGGGUUAUCAUUGACACCUUUGCUGACCUGAGGAGUGAGAAGCAGAAGAAGGAGGAGAUCUUAAAGACCACAUGCUUUAUCUGUGGCUUGGAAAGAGACAAGUUUGACAACAAGACCGUGACCUUUGAAGAGCACAUCAAGGAAGAACACAACAUGUGGCACUAUCUAUGCUUCAUCGUCCUGGUGAAAGUAAAGGACUCCACAGAGUACACGGGGCCUGAGAGUUACGUGGCAGAGAUGAUUAAGGAAAGAAACCUUGAUUGGUUCCCCAGAAUGAGGGCCAUGUCCUUGGUCAGCAGCGAUUCUGAAGGAGAACAGAAUGAGCUGAGGAACCUGCAGGAGAAGCUGGAGUCCACCAUGAAGCUUGUCACUAAUCUUUCCGGCCAGCUGUCAGAAUUAAAGGACCAGAUGACAGAACAAAGGAAGCAGAAACAAAGAAUUGGUCUUCUAGGACAUCCUCCUCACAUGAAUGUCAACCCACAGCAACCGGCAUAGGCAAAUGAAAUAAAGGAGUUGUAUUUACCUUUUCUAAUUAUUAUCAGUGUGGGUAUGGCUGAUUAGUUCUGACUCACCCACUAAGGUUACAUUUAUGCUCAGUACAUUUGUAAAUACUCAGUUUUAUACCGUAUGUAUAUGAUUGCUACUCUAGAGGUUUCGGUAUAUGUAGCGUAAUUUGAAUUGUUGGCAUGAUGACAUUUCAUUUGUGCCAAAAAUAUUAAAAAUGCCUUUUUUGGAAGGACUAAAGAAAGCACCUGAUUUGCACUUGAACCAGAUUAUAGAUUUAAAAGUAUAUGCCAUGUAUUUUGUAUUUAAAAUUAGAAUAGCCAGUAUUUAUGUUUUUUAUAAAACUGUGCAAUAUGAAUUAUGCAAUCACAAUAAAUUUGUAACUCCCUGGUGUCCUAAAGGGAGUGCACAUCUUUGAAGCUGGUGUGUUAAUACUAUGUAAUAAAUGGUUAAACAUCCAAUGAUGCUGCUGCCAAAAUUAUAUUAAUAGUGAGUUUCAGGCCCCUGGGCAUUUUGUACUACGUAAUUAUCCUAGUGAUGCUGUUUCUUGUUGCUAGUGGCAUUAGCGCCUCUGUCUCAUAGUCAUAAUGCUCCAAGUCUAUGAUCUGUUAAAUCAGCAUUCAUUUUAAGAAAAGCAACUUUAGUUUCAAAGAUACUUUUAAGCUUCUAAAUUGAUCAUUUAAACUAUUUCUUUAAAUAGGAGAGCCAACCUAGAGGCUCAUACUUAAGCUUGUGAAGAAGUUAAUGAAUUUUUUAAAGGGAACUUUUCAUGCAAUGUUUGGGAUAUAUGCAUAUCGCUGGCCCAUCAGUGUCAUCUCCUUGGUGAAUUCUGAUGUCACGUUAUAAAGAAAUGAAUUGGUGGUUUCUUGAUUAUCUUGUCCAAACAGAGUUUUUUUCUUCAUCUGAACCAACAUUUACAGUACUAAGAAGUAUUACAACUGUACACAUCCCUAUAGACAUGAAAUAUGAACUAUCCCAUUAGAAUUCAUAGUUGAACACUGACAUGUUAUUCUUCUGAAAGAACCACGUUUUGGUUUUAUUUCUUUGUCACAUGAUUUCUUUUCUUGAUGGAUGAAAAGUAUGAAAGGAAACUUUUGUAUCUGUUGCCUAGUUUUGUACAUGGAUCUCAUUUUACAAGAGAAUCUCUGCAAAAAAGUUUUAAAAUGUAUUGAAAGCAGAGUUCUGAACUGAGUAAAGUUUGUAAAUGCAUACGUAAAAAUAUUUAAUAAACGAUGCAGAAUAAUGGAUAGUGA